AAGCGGAGGCACUUUGGAGUGGAAGCAUGGCUGGGGAAGACGUGAAGCUGCUUGGGGUGUGGUUCAGUCCGUUCGUUCGGAGGGUCGUUUGGGCACUCAAACUCAAGGGGAUCGGAUUCGAAUACGUGGAGGAAGAUCUGACCAAUAAAAGUCCUUUGCUCCUCAAAUACAAUCCUGUCCACAAGAAGGUUCCCGUCCUCGUUCAUAAUGGCAAUCCGAUCGUUGAAUCUCUCGUGAUCGUCGAAUAUAUAGAUGACACGUGGCGUGAUAAUCCGAUCUUGCCUGCGGACCCUUACGAGAGGGCCAUGGCUCGAUUCUGGGCUAAGUUCGCUGAAGAGAAGUGCAUGAAUUCCAUGUGGACCGCUUACAUGUCGGACGGCGACGAUCAAGCGAAGGCGAUUGAAUCGAUGGAGGAGGCCUUGAAAAUCCUUGAACAAGAGCUGAAGGGGAAGAAGUUCUUUGGAGGGGAGACGAUCGGCUUUGUGGACCUUGCCAUGGGGUGGGCCGCACACUGGCUGGGCGCGAUGGAAGAAGCCGCUUGCAUUAAGGUGGUGGACACACAUAAAUUCGCUACAUUUCAUGCGUGGAUGGAGAACUUCGCGGCCCACCCUGUGAUCAAGGACACAUUACCACCUUACGAUCAGUUGGUCCCAUUUUUCAAGAGCUUCAGGCAACUUAGCGCCGCUUCCGAGUGAGGUUUGGUGUGGGCCCAUGCCCAUUAGUGGUAGUUUACUAUGGAUGGAUGUUAUCAUGAUGGAGUUGCUGAUGAUGAUGUGGAGUGGGCCACACUAUCACAUUUCUAUGUCAGUUUCAAAGUGGGGCCCACUUUCCACAAUGACUUGAUCUUUAUCUUGGUUGAAUGGUUUUUGAAUAAUAGUGGUUGUGUUGCA